AUGGGUAAGAUUAGAAAAGACAUUGUCAAUUUUCAUGGUGAAAUGGUUCUCCUUAUCAAUUACAGCACCAUUAACUACACGGGAUUGACAAAGAUACUAAAAAAGUACGACAAAAGAACGGGUGGAGUCUUGCGGCUGCCCUUCAUACAAAAAGUCCUUCAACAGCCAUUUUUCACCACCGAACUAUUAUCGAAUCUUGUUAGGCAGUGUGAAGCCACCAUAGAUACGGUGAUGCCGCCGUUUGAGAACAUUGCCAGAAUAUUCCACGCCAAAAUAGAUGUUAUGGCAGUGCCGCCUGUCGGAGAAGGGAUAUUGAGGAACACAGUGGCGGCGCUUCUGACAAUGCAGGGGAUGAGAAGUGGGAGCUCGACUUAUGGCCAAUUUUCUCUGCCGCCUCUCAACUUGCCCGAUUUUGACAUGAUCGAGUCGUUGCAAUUUGGUUCCCUUAUACAUAUUCCAUGA